GGCAUAUCCCCCGAUAUGCGUGACUCACGAUCAGUGUUUUGUUACGUCUUCGGAAAUAAUGAUUUAGUUGUUUAGUUCGCUUUGCGGGUGGUCUUUGAUACGUAAUUUUUUCACUUCAUACGUCAUGAUAUUAGCGAAUGAAUGGAAUGUGACGUCAUGGUUUUGGCAAAUGGGGGAUUUAUUUUAUUUCUUUACGUUUUUGAGGUUCAAAACUUAUUUGUCAGCGAUGAUGAAAUUUAUUAAGAGUUGUAUAUAAGUCGUUAACCUUGCUCGGGCUAUGGAUUGAUAUGCCUUGCGCGGACAUACCUCCUGUGGCCCUGUGUUUGAGAAGAAAAGUGCAUCAAGUCUAUUUAGCGCAACGUCUCGUCCCACACUGAUUUAUUAAGUGACUGCGACAAAUACGAUACGACAGGAGGAUUGCGGCUGUUUCACGAUUUGCGGGCAUUACAUAUGUAAUAAAUUUGUUAAAAAAUAUUAUAAGAAUAAUAUAAAUAUUUGCAAAUUUAUUUGGGUUCACGAAGGGUCCCUCGCAGCAAUACAACACGUAUUAUUUAUGUAUUGUGGAGAAAGUUGCUUUGCUGGCAAUCAAGCGGGAAGCUGUAAGCGCUUAUCUGACUGUCCCAGUUUAAUUAAAGAAAUCAAAAGAGCGGGAAAUCCUAUGCCAAAUUAUAUUAGGAAGAAACUACAAAAUCUUGGAUGCGGUUUCGAUUACGAUGACCCACUAAUUUGCUGUAGUUCAUGUUCAAAUAACGACGACAGCGAACAAGGAGAUCAACCAAAUAAUAAUCGCAAUCCUUGGUCUACUUCUAAACCUAUUGAUCAAUCAGGAGAAGAAUUCAUAAAACCCUCAUACAAUUUUGGAGGCGAAGAUGAUGAUAAUAAAAGGGGCAGUGACAGCAAUGAAUCAAAUAAACCCAUACCAGAUAUACAAUAUCACCGCAAUAUUGACCUUUUGCCAAAUAACUGUGGACCGAUCGAGGGUGAAAGAGUCUUUGGAGGCAAUAGGACUAGACUAUUCGAAAUGCCGUGGAUGGUUCUCUUAUCAUACGAUUCAGCUCGCGGUACUCGAUUGAGUUGUGGCGGUACACUCAUCACUCAGUGGUAUGUGUUAACUGCAGCGCAUUGUGUCUCAUUCUUGGGUUCAAGACUUGAGUUACGACAGGUUAUUCUAGGAGAGUACGAUACCAGGAAAGACCCUGACUGUGAAAGGAAUGAAGGACAACAGUUUUGUGCACCAAACGUACGAAAUGUAGGAAUAAAUAACGUGAUUGCUCACCCAGGAUAUACUCCGAAGACAUUGAGAGAUGAUAUUGCUCUGAUACGUCUCGCAGAACCGGCUGAUUUUUCAUUAGAUAGUAUGAAACCAAUCUGCCUACCAAAAACUCCGGAACUUCUAUCGGAGAAACUUGAAGGGUUGCAAGGAGUGGUGGCCGGUUGGGGCGCCACAGAAAACGGACUGCAGUCGCCGGUACUACUUAGUGUCGAUCUGCCUAUAAUUACUAACACAGAAUGUCAAAAUAUUUAUAAUGGAUCACCCCAGAUAUAUGAAACACAAUUAUGUGCGGGAGGAGUGCCGGAUAAGGAUUCCUGUGGUGGUGAUUCCGGAGGUCCCCUCAUAUACCCUGGCAGGAAUGGGGGUGUAGGAGUCCGAUACAUUCAGCGAGGGAUCGUGUCGUACGGAUCUAAGCGGUGUGGAAUUGGUGGUUACCCUGGGGUUUAUACAAGAGUCGUGAAUUAUAUGAACUGGAUAUUAGAUAAUAUAAGCGAUUAGUAUUCUUACUUAAUAAUUAACUGUGUAACGAACAAAUCUGCAAUAUAAAAAAUUUAGAUUUUAGAUAUUAAUUUUAACUAUUGUUACUACAGGUGCGGCUAUGUUAUUACUUUAAUCUUUAACUUAUAUUUAAAUUUUAAAUAAAAUGAUGCAUCUAUAUAAUAAUUUGCUCAAAUAGUAUAUUUCAAAUUAAAGUAAUUUGUAACAUCUCAAUUUUAAUAAAGUAAGAACGUAGUAGUCGUUCAUUAGAAUACCUACACACAUAUUUUAAUUCACCUAAAAUAUAUAAGUGACAAUUUAUACUCAGUAGUGACAAAUCAAUUAGAUUCAAUAAAUUGUAAUGAUUUAUUAUAGACACAACAACGAACAAAUAAUAUAAUAGCCUGACAACGUUAUAAAUAAAUCAUGGAAUGCUCAAUUUAUGUUGCGACAGUAAACUGCAAAAAACAUACUUAUUUCGAGCAGUUGUCAAUUGUUACAAUUAACAUGUGAAUUUGAAAAUAGUAUAACAGUAACAGCCUGUUAAUGUCCCACUGCUGGGCUAAGGCCUCCUCUCCCUUUUGAGGAGAAGGUUUGGAGCUUAUUCCACCACGCUGCUCCAAUGCGGGUUGGUAGAAUACACAUGUGGCAGAAUUUCAAUGAAAAUAGACACAUGCAGGUUUCCUCACGAUGUUUUUCCUUCACCGUUAAGCACGAGAUGAAUUAUAAACACAAAUUAAGCACAUGAAAAUUCAGUGGUGCUUGCCCGGGUUUGAACCCACGAUCAUCGGUUAAGAUUCACGCGUUUUUACCACUAGGCCAAAAUAGUAUACUUAUAAUAUAUAAUAUUAUACUUAUAAUAAUAUACUAUAAUACUAUUAUGCUUAAAUUUCGUGAAGUUAUAAAGUAGUACUUUUUACGUCGAUCGGCGUGCUCCGCAUUAUAUGGGUGACGUAAGCUACUUACUCGCACGAUGGACAUUUUUUUAAAAAUUGUAAAAGGUGCGGUCGAAGAGGUGUAUGAAUUGAAUUUUGAGCAAGACUAAUUUAUUUACUAGUAUGCUGCUUAGAAUAAAAUAGUAAUUAUUUUCAACAAAUACAAACCUCCAAGUAGUAGUAUUUACUUCCAAUAAAAAUUAAUUAGUGACUGUUAUUAUAGAAAAUAUUGAAAAACAAUAUUUUAAAUUCUAAUAUUUAAACAAAAUCUUAUUCUGCUAUUAUUUAUCUAGUUUUUAAUGCAAUGCCAUAUAAAACUUAAUGAUUGUAGGUUGCAAGUAGCAAACAAGCAAUAUUGUUAUUUUAUUAGUAUGGGUGUUUCAAACAUGGUAAUAAUUCUAUUAUAAAUCUUUCCACUAAUUUGACUUCACUUAUAAAGAACUUGUUUAUUGAUUAAAUUUAUUUUUUUAAUACAAUUGUAUUUUAAAACGAAUAUGAUA